GGUGGCAGUAGUAGUCAGGCGGCCAGACCAUCAGUAAUUUCUGGGUUUGACGAGUUCCCUGCUAUUGGUAUUUAAAUAAAAUAUUUAAAAAACUUAAAUUGCAGAUUUAAAUCAUGAAUAAAACAAUUGGAAGUCGUCAAGCUCAUCAGGAGCAUGUCCUUGCUGUCUCCAGAGAUUUUAUAUCCCAGCCGAGGUUGACCUACAAGACAGUGUCUGGUGUGAACGGUCCGCUGGUAAUUUUGGACGAAGUAAAGUUUCCCAAAUUCGCUGAAAUUGUGCAGCUGAGACUUGCCGAUGGGUCAAUACGGUCAGGACAAGUCCUCGAGGUGUCUGGAUCAAAAGCUGUGGUUCAAGUGUUCGAGGGAACAUCUGGUAUCGAUGCUAAAAAUACUCUCUGUGAGUUCACCGGAGAUAUUUUGAGAACUCCAGUAUCUGAAGAUAUGCUUGGACGUGUUUUCAAUGGAUCUGGUAAACCAAUUGAUAAAGGACCACCAAUUCUUGCUGAAGACUUUUUGGACAUUCAGGGGCAACCAAUUAAUCCAUGGUCACGUAUUUAUCCUGAAGAAAUGAUCCAAACUGGUAUCUCAGCUAUUGAUGUUAUGAAUUCAAUUGCCAGAGGACAGAAAAUUCCCAUUUUUUCAGCAGCUGGUCUUCCUCACAAUGAAAUUGCUGCCCAAAUUUGUCGUCAGGCUGGUUUAGUUAAAAUUCCCGGCAAGUCAGUAUUAGAUUCUCACGAAGACAACUUCGCUAUCGUAUUCGCAGCUAUGGGAGUUAACAUGGAAACUGCUCGUUUCUUCAAGCAGGACUUUGAGGAGAACGGUUCUAUGGAGAACGUUUGUCUGUUCUUGAAUUUAGCCAACGAUCCAACAAUCGAACGUAUCAUCACACCCCGUCUUGCUCUGACAGCCGCUGAAUUUUUGGCCUAUCAAUGCGAAAAACACGUGCUGGUUAUUUUAACUGACAUGUCAUCAUACGCAGAAGCUCUUCGUGAAGUAUCUGCUGCUCGUGAAGAAGUACCCGGACGACGUGGUUUCCCCGGUUACAUGUACACCGAUUUAGCUACAAUUUACGAGCGCGCUGGACGUGUUGAGGGCCGUAAUGGAUCCAUUACUCAAAUUCCAAUUCUUACUAUGCCUAACGAUGAUAUUACCCAUCCAAUUCCUGAUCUUACUGGAUAUAUUACUGAAGGACAAAUUUAUGUCGAUCGUCAAUUACACAACAGACAAAUUUACCCACCUGUCAAUGUGUUGCCUUCAUUGUCACGUCUUAUGAAGUCUGCUAUCGGCGAAGGAAUGACCCGCAAAGAUCAUUCCGAUGUUUCCAAUCAAUUGUAUGCCUGCUAUGCUAUUGGUAAAGAUGUACAGGCGAUGAAAGCUGUCGUAGGAGAAGAAGCUCUUACCCCUGACGAUCUUCUGUAUCUUGAAUUCCUUUCUAAAUUCGAGAAGAAUUUCAUUUCUCAAGGAAACUACGAAAAUCGAACGGUCUUCGAGUCACUAGAUAUUGGCUGGCAAUUGUUACGUAUUUUCCCCAAGGAAAUGCUCAAACGUAUUCCAGCCAGUACUCUUGCUGAGUUCUACCCACGAGACUCACGUCAUUAAUUUAAUAAAUAUAAUAAAAAUAUAAUUAUCAUUUAGACUAUAAAUGUAUUUACGGUGAUUCAUGCCCCUAUUAAAGUUUGCGUUUUUAUUUCUUAAAUAAUUUAAAAAGCUUUUAGAGAUCAAUAUAAUUUUUAAAAUUCUAAAUUAAUCAUCCUGAAGUUAACAGUCAAAAACUUUCGGAUUUUUUUUUUCUAACAUCAAUUACAAAAAAAAAAAAAACUAAAAAUAUGCACAUGUAGAAAAUUUGAAAAACUAUAAGUGGAAUUCUUUCAAAUAUUUUUUUUUUUUAUAAUUUAUUGCUUUGAAAAAAAUCUUAAAAUUAUUAGCAGUCGAUUAAUUUCAGUAUCAUCUCAAAAUGAUCAUGAAAUUAACAGGCAGUUAAAAAUUUUCGGUUUUUUUUCAAUAAAUUGACAAAAAAAAAAAAUACACAUGUAGGAAAUUAAAAAAACCACAAGUGGAAUUUUUUCAAAUAUUUUUUUUUAUAUAAUUUAUUGUUUAAAAAAAAAUCCAAAAAUUAUUAGACGUCCGUUAACUUCAGUAUCUGAAAAAUUAAAUGACGUAACGUUUAUUGAAUCAUCGAGCAUUAGUCCUGUACAGUUUAACUAUUGUAUUAUCACAGGAGAGUGUUGGUUUUAUCCAGACAAUACAAAUUAUAAAAUAUUUAAGUUCUUCAUUAAUAUAAAUAUCAUUCAAAAAUUAUAAUGAUAAUUAACGACAGUUUGAAAAAAAAAUAUUUUAUCGUUAUUAAAUUCUGGAAAUUUAUUCAUUGUAAAUUGUAAUAUAAUAUAUAUUGUUCAGUAUUAUCAUAAGGAUAAAAAAAAGCAUUACGCUCCUUUUUAAACUAGUGCAUCCUACAUUCCAACGAUAAAUUGUAUUCAUUUAAUUUGAUUAUUAAUUUGCAGUUUACUAUAAAUCAAAGUAUAAGUAACUCAUAUUAAAGUAUAAAUUUAACAGUGUAAAAAAAGUAAAUUAAUUAAAUUUUUAUGUGUUAUAUGCACAAAUAUAUAAGGGAGCUCGUGUAUCCUCUUGAUAAUGCUUUCCUACGAAGAUAAAUUAUAAGUUGGGAAGCUAUUAGAAUAAUUGUUUUCUUCGUUACUAUUAAAAAUAUAAAUAAAUAUAUAUACAUUAAAUUAUAUAUUAUAUUGAGUAUUCAAAAUAAUAUUAAUGUAAUAUAUCUGUAAAAAAAUAUAUUGCUAAACUGUA